AUGGCCGUGAGUAAAUCUCAAACAGCAAAGUUGUGUGGUAUUUGUACUUCUACUGAACAUCCAACUGACACAUGUCCUAUUCUUCAAGAUGAGUCGGUCACUCAGUUGCCUCAAGCAUAUGCCACUAACUUUUUCAACCAAAGCAACAAUCAGAAAGGGUACAACAUUCCUGACUUGUCCACCAACAAAUAUCAUCCCAAUUUGAGGAACCAUCCAUACCUUCGAUAUGGAAACCAACAGCCCACUCAACAACAAAUAGUCAUACCCCUGCCACAACCACAAACCACUCCCCAAGUCUCCACCUCUGCACCUUCCGGACCUUCAUUAUAUGAUCUUGCCAAACAAAUGGCUGUUAACGAACUCCAAUUUCAGCAACGAACGGAUUCCAGUAUUCAGACUUUGCAGACACAGAUUGGACAAUUUUCCACUUCGAUGAAUGCCAUGCAGCAAGCCCAAGGAUCAAACCAACUUCCUGCCCAAACAGUUGUGAAUCCAAAAGGGGCUAAUGCUAAUGUGAGUGCAAUUUCCUUGAGAUCCUGGAAGGUAACAGAACCAACCCCAGAAAAAAAUAAAAAAAUUCUUGAGGUAACACCUGAACCUUCUUCCAUUGUGAUAGAAACUGAACCCUCUGUUGUGGUAGAAACUGAAAAAGAAAAAGAGAAGGAGUAUGUGCCACCAGUUCCCUUCCCACAUAGAAUGCUGAAAAAUAAAAGGACUGAUGAUGAAGACAAGGAGAGAGAGAUUUUAUAUGUAUUCAGAAAAGUGGCGGUAAACAUUCCGCUUCUUGAUGUUAUUAAGCAGGUUCCAAAGUAUGCAAAAUUUCUAAAAGACUUAUGCACAAAUAGUAAUGAAAAACUUCCAUUUAUAAUUUCUUCCAACCUUGAUUUCGAUCAAGAAAAUAAGCUUUUGCAGGUUUUGAGGAAGCAUAAAAAGGCGAUUGGGUGGACAUUGGCUGACAUACCAGGCAUUAGUCCCUCAAUGUGUAUGCACAUGAUUUUACUUGAGGAUGGUUUUAAAAUAGUGAGGCAGCCGCAAAGUAUACUUAAUCCUUUGAUUCUAGAUGUUGUGAAGAAAGAGGUAACCAAACUCUUGCAAGCAGGUUACUUUCAGAUUCAUAUUGCACCAGAAGAUCAAGAAAAGACCACUUUUAUGUGUCCAUUCGGUACAUUUGCUUAUAGGAGGAUUCCUUUUAGUCUUUGUAAUGCUCCUGGCACAUUUCAGAGAUGCAUGAUUAGCAUUUUUACUGAUUUUAUUGAAAAUUGCAUGGAAGUGUUUAUGGAUGACUUCACUAUUUAUGGUUCUUCAUUUGAUGCAUGUUUAAAUAGUUUAAAUUUGGUUUUAGAGAGAUGCAUCAAAACUGACCUUGUUUUAAAUUAUGAAAAAUGUCAUUUUAUGGUCGAACAUGGAAUUGUCCCGGGUCACAUAAUUUCUGAAAAAGGAAUUUCAGUAGACCCUGCUAAGGUUUUUACAAUAAAGGAUUUCAACAAGAUAGUUCUUUCGUUGUUAAACUUGUUGAAGAAUGACGUCACUUUCAACUUCAAUGACAAUUGCAAAAAAGCAUUUGACUUCUUGAAGAAAGCAUUGACCUCCGCCCCCAUCAUCCAACCCCCUGAUUGGACCCUCCAUUUCAAGAUUAUGUGUGAUGCUUCUAACUAUGCUGUUGGGGUGGUCCUUGCACAAAGAGUUGUCAAGGCUGCCGAUGUUAUUUAUUAUGCUUCUAGGAAUUUAGAUUCUGCGCAGUCUAAUUACACCACCACUGAAAAGGAACUUCUAGCUAUUAAGCCAGAAGCAAAACCAAGAUUGAUUCGGUGGAUGUUAUUGCUCCAAGAGUUUAAUGUGGAGAUUAAAGAUAAAAGUGGAGUUGAGAACUUGGUGGCUGAUCAUUUGAGCAGGAUAGAGAGGGAUGAAGAUCCUUUUCCCAUUCAGGAUGACUUUCCUGAUGAGCAGCUUUUACUUUUGCAUGGGGUUACUCCUUGGUUUGUUGAUAUUGUUAAUUAUCUUGUUGCUGGUAUUUUUCCUGCAGGUGCAUCUAGGACACAAAUUCACAAACUCAAGAGUGACGCCAAAUAUUAUGUUUGGGAUGAUCCAUAUCUUUGGAAGUUUGGUAGUGAUCAGGUUUUACUGUUUAACUCCCGCCUUAAGCUUAUGGCUGGGAAACUUCGAUCCAAGUGGAUUGACCCUUUUAUUGUUACUAAUAUUUUCCCUCAUGGUGCAGUAAAAAUAAAAAAUACAGGUAUUGAUAAAACCUUUAAGGUCAAUGGGCAGCGCCUGAAGAUAUUCCAUGAAAGUGCGGUGCCUGAGGAUGCACUCUUAGAAGAGCUUUCCUUGGAAAAUCCCACCUACCAUGCAACUUGA